AUGAAAAUAACAGGCGUAACUCAAUGAGAGGGCACUGAUGAGAUCAGUUUCUCCUCCACAGACUGAAAGCCUUUGAGGAGAGCGGGCCGUACAAGGCGGUUUGGGGCAGAGCCUCCAAUCAGGACGGGGUUGUAUCCGAUCAGCCUCCGACGUCUCGGGUUGUUGAUCAGCGAGAGCAAAUGGUGAUGAGUGGAGGAUACAUACGCAGGGUGACUAAUGAUGCUCGUGAGGAUGAGAUGGAGCAGAACCUGGCUCAUGUGGGGAGCAUCAUGGGGAAUCUAAAAAGCAUGGCUUUGGACAUCAGCAAUGAGCUGGAAUCGCAGGGUGGCCUGAUUUCUCGCAUUAACGAAAAGGCCAACGUUAAUGUUUCCCGCAUUGAAGCCGCCAACCAGAAGGCAAACAACCUGAUGAAGCGAUAGGAGCACAGGACUGAAUAAGUGAGGGACUGCCUUUGAUUCAAUGAGUCGAUGCAAUCAACUGAUUUUCCUUAGAUGGAAACUUUGACUCA